AUGGGAGUGACAGAAGUGGUAAGCAGGACAACCAUCAGGAGCUUCAAGAGGGAAGAAGCCCCGGUCAGCAUUUACUUCCCAACUGCAACUCAGGAUACUCUUCAACCCCUUCCACUUGUAAUCCAUCCAGUUGUUCCUGAGAGGCAUAUUCUGGCCUUCCAUCACGAGCUGACGGAGGCCUACUUACAAGAGAUUUAUGGUGAUAUCUACGCCUUGACGGGGUACCGCAUCAAAGCCCCUUUUGAAUCAAGUACGCCUGUCCUGCUUUCACAUCUGAGUGCUGUGAUUCCGUUUCCUGGAGCAAUUGCAGCAGAUCAGUCAAACGUGAACUCGUAUUUCAAUAACAAGUAUUACGGUUCCAUCGGAAAAGUGGAUGAAGCAACUGUCAGCGGAACACAGUGCAAUCCAACGUCGCUGAUUCUCGUGGCCGGGGGCGAAUUGAACACCAAGUCUGCUGCUUGCAUCUCCAUGCGGAGCGAACCAGGAUUGUGCGGAAAGAUUCCUGUCGGAAGUGCAGUUGUGGUCCUUGGAGCUGACAAUAAUCAAUACUUGGUUGCACUCACACGAUUUGGGGCAGACUGUAACGGAACACAUGCUGGGGUCUCACUGGCAUUUCCAAGUCACAAGGAUUUCAUCUGCAGUUUCAGCGACGUCAAUUGUAGCAAUGCUUUACCAGCAGUACCGACGACGACCCAGAACCCGACAACUACAAUUGUUUUGAUGAAUGCAACCACUACAACUCAGAAUUCAGUCCUGACUACCAGCAAUAGCAUCAACACGAAUAAUACAACCAUCACGACGACCCAGACCAUCCAAGCCAGAACUACUGAUGCUCAAGGCAGUAAUGGAGAUGGAAGUAAUCAGGAUCGCCCAAAUCAGUCUAAAUUUUGGUCCAUUCUUCGAUUAUUGAUUGAUGCAUUCGCUGGACAAGGGAAAUAGUUCCCUAUAAGGUGAAAACCUAUAAAUUCUGAAGCAUAUGCAGCAGAGAUAGACAAUAAGAAGACACAGUCCUGAAAUGGGUUAAGCUGUAAACGCCAUCUAUAUAUACAGCAAUUCUGUCGGAAACCUCAUUUUGAAGUUUAUUGUUAUAUAGUUACUGGCAAUUGUUAUAAUAGAGAUUUUUGAUCUUCAAUCUUAUGUUUGAGAGUGAUGUUGAUUGAAGACAACUCUAUUAUGUGUGCUGUGCGAUUAUUUGCUAUACUCUUCAUUGUCUAUGCAUAUAUUUUAUAUGUGCUAUUGCUGAUAAUGAUGGAAAUGCAGCAAAUAAAGAUAACUUGCCAGUUGGGAAAA